GUGUUUGAGCUAAGUUGCUAUGGCAACAAUGACGAAAUUUUUUUUCAUUUUAUUUUUCCAACCCUCUCGCGGUGGGACACGUCAACUAUUUUAAUUGUAUUGUUUUUCCCAUUCAGCAGAAAAAAUAAAACGAAACAAAUUGAGAAUAAGUGUAAAUUUGGACUUAUUAUGACUUAUAUAUUUUAAAAUAAAAGUUUUAUUAAAUUCUAUCUUUUAUAUCAUAAAAAAACUAGCAACAUACAGGACAGGCAACAUAUUUAAGAUGACAUUGAAAAAACAAAGUCAGUUGUUGGCUCGGGUGAAUUUUCCGCUUUACACUGUUCAGUGUUUAUCUGAAAGGCAUGUCCUAGUUGCUGGUGGUGGUGGAGGUGCUAAGACCGGCGUACCUAAUGUUAUCCAAAUCUAUGAACUAAUUCAUGACGGUGUAACUUGCAGAGCUGAAUCUAUAACUCAUUAUGAAACUGGAAGUGAAGCCACAAGAAACUGUGCUAUUCACGAUGCCGGCAAGUAUAAAAUAUUGUUUGCAGGAAUGGAAGGAAAUUGUCAUACUUAUAAAAUCAAACAUGAAAUGAUUGUAGAAAAAGAAACAAUUAUAAAAGAAUCAAAAGAUAAGCAUGCUAAAUCUACAGUUAGAAAAAGAAUAGUAGAAACAGAGUCAGUUGAAGAAAAUCAGGUAGACCCAAAAAAGUAUGAAAAAGAAGAUGCAAAUGCAAAUGUGAUACAUUCCUCAUCAAAGCUUCAAUUUUGUAUUCAUAAUUUGGAUUCAUUCCAAACUGAUUUUAGUGAAGAACCUUUUCAGAAGGUUGUUCGUUUUUCAAGGUCCUCCAGUUUACUUACCACAGCUGGGGCUGAUGGUCACAUUAGAAUUUGGAAAUUUCCUGAAUUAAAGAAAAUUCAUGACAUUGAAGCACAUUCCGACGAGGUAGAUGAUCUUGACAUUUGUCCACUUGGUAAAAAAAUAGUUAGCAUUUCAAGAGAUGGGCAUGGUAAAAUUUGGAAUGCUGAAAAUGGUUCUCUUGUCACAGAACUUAAUUACGUUCUACCUUCCAAAUCUACUGCAAAGUAUAUAUUUAGAAGUUGUAGAUUUGGUAUAGUAGAAGACAAAAAUGACUUGGCUUUAUUUGCAACUCUAAAUCCACGUGAGCGAUCGAAACCUCCAAUGUGUUCGUAUAUUUGCAAGUGGGAUACAAAAGAAUUCUUAUUGCAAAAAAUCGUUUCGGCUGGAAAGGACAUGUUAACUACAAUGGCUAUAAGCGACAAUGGUCAUUUUAUUGGAUUAGGUACACUAGAAGGAAGUGUCAAGAUCUAUAUAGCUUUUAGUUUACAAAAACUUUAUAAUGUAAACCAUGUUCAUGGAAUCUUUGUGACUGGUUUAGAAUUUUUACCUACACGUGAAGAAACACGUCGCAUUACUGGUGGACAAGAAGCCUCCCUAAUAAGCAUAUCUGUAGAUAAUCAUAUUGUUAUUCAUCACAUUCCAAUGAAAGCAUCGAUUGGAUACUUAACUUUUAUCAUGCUGUUAAUCAUAUUUCUUUUCCUGGUAUUUGUAAUGAUGGACUAUUUCAAUUUAUGAAUUGACAAGCACUUGAUAUGACUUAUAAAUGUAAAAUUUUUAUCAAACAAUUGUAUUUUAAUGUGUAAAUUUUUUUGUCAUUUUAUCUAAUGUAUAUAUUUUAACUUAAAAUCUAAUUGUACAGAAUCUUAGACGAAUCUAUAUUGUGUGUUUUGAAUUAUAAUAAAUUAUGAAAUAUUUGUAGUUUA